UGGUUUCGACAUCUCCGACGUACAGUGUGCAUAGUGACCGCGUUCAAAAUGUUGUAUCUUUUAGCCCUUGUUACGGUUUUGGCAGGCCUUUUACAUUACUACUUUACCAGGACAUUUGAUUACUGGAAGAAAAGAAAUGUCGCUGGACCCAAACCAGUACCAAUUUUUGGCAACUUAAAAGAUUCCGUCCUCAGACGAAAGCCUCAAGUAAUGGUCUACAAAAGUAUUUACGACGAAUUUCCCAAUGAAAAAGUUGUCGGAAUUUACAGAAUGACAACACCAUCUGUGUUGUUACGUGAUUUGGACAUAAUCAAGCAUGUGCUCAUCAAAGACUUCGAAUCAUUUGCCGACAGAGGAGUCGAAUUCAGUCUCGAUGGUCUCGGAGCCAACAUUUUCCACGCAGAUGGCGACCGGUGGAGAUCCUUAAGGAACCGUUUCACUCCACUCUUCACCUCCGGAAAGCUCAAGACCAUGCUACCUCUGAUGUCGCAAGUUGGCGACAAGUUUAUAAAAUGCAUCGAUGAAGUAAGUCAAACACAACCAGAACAGUCAAUUCAUACUCUAGUUCAGAAAUUCACAAUGACUAAUAUCGCAGCCUGUGUAUUCGGUCUCAACUUGGAUGAAGAAAUGUUAAAAACUUUGGAAGACCUAGAUAAGCAUAUAUUCACUGUAAAUUACAGCACUGAGCUCGAUAUGAUGUACCCAGGUAUAUUGAAAAAACUUAACGGUUCUCUCUUCCCGAGAGUUGUUACUAAAUUUUUUGACAAUCUAACAAAAAACGUACUCGAAAUGAGAAAAGGAACGCCAUCACAUCAAAAGGAUAUGAUCGACUUAAUCCAAGAAUUAAGGGAAAAGAAAACACUUGAGUUGUCGAGAAAACACGAGAACGAGGAUGUGAAAUCCCUUGAGCUCACCGACGGUGUGAUCUCUGCACAGAUGUUCAUAUUCUACAUGGCUGGCUACGAGACUAGCGCCACCACAAUGACCUACUUGUUCUACGAACUAGCGCAGAAUCCUGAUAUACAAGAUAAACUUAUUGCUGAAAUAGACGAUGUUCUUUCACGUCAUGAUGGCAAUAUAACCUACGAAUGCUUGAGCGAGAUGAAAUAUUUGAGUAAGGUGUUUGAUGAGACAUUAAGGAAAUAUCCCGUCGCAGACUUCACGCAACGCAACGCUAAAACUGAUUACGUGUUCCCCGGUACUGACAUCACUAUCAAGAAAGGGCAAACGAUCAUUGUAUCUACGUGGGGCAUUCAGAACGAUCCUAAAUACUUUCCUAAUCCAGAAAAAUUUGACCCCGAACGUUUUGAUCCGGAAAAUGUAAAAGACAGACACCCCUGCGCUUAUUUGCCAUUUAGUGCUGGUCCUAGAAACUGCCUAGGUAUGCGGUUUGCUAAGUGGCAGUCUGAAGUUUGCAUUAUGAAGGUACUAUCGAAAUACCGUGUGGAGCCCUCAAUGAAGUCCUCCGGUCCAUUUAAAUUUGAUCCUAUGCGUCUCUUUGCUCUCCCUAAAGGAGGAAUUUAUGUAAACCUUGUCCGCAGAUAAGUUUUUUUGUAUUAUGUAUGGUAAAUGGUUGA